AUGGUCCUGAGGACCUUGUCAUUCCAGGGGGAUGCUUUUGGAUCAGAGACCAUGAAGAAUCUUAUCUUGAAAUUCCUGAAGCAGUACUACUGGAUCUAUGACUACGGGGAUCGGCAGGGCCUCCUGGGUGCUUACCACAGUGAGGCCUGCUUCUCACUUUUCAUUCCCUUUAAUCCUCAAGACCCAGCUUCCAGCUUGGCCACGUACUUCAGGUACAGCAGGAAUAUGAAGACAUGCAAGGGCCCCAACCUGAGGGCUCAUUUGCUGAAACACACAAAACCUGACAUUGUUGAUUUCCUAAGUGUGCUGCCUAGAACGCAGCAUGACCUCAACUCCUUCCUGGUGGAUGUGUGUGUCCAGACGGAAAAGAUGCUCUGCUUUUCUGUCAACGGGCUGUUCAAGGAGGCUCCCACCCGGACCCCAACCCACCCUGGUCUGAAUUAUAUCCAUAUAUGUCUGCCCCGGGACAUCCCAGGGGAUAGGACCCAGGCUACUGUGAUCAAGGUCCCAGAUAUCUUCAUGAAGUAA